GACAGGGACAUACCAUUCUCCAACCACAGGGCAACUCAUUUAGUAGAGUAAAAGGAAGCUGCUUCAGUUUUAGCGCUUAAAGCUUCCUGCCUCCCCUGCUGUGUAGUAUGUCAGUGGACUAGUCCGAGGUGGAAGGGAACGGUUGGAGGGGGGUUCAGAGGAGGAGAGGGUGAGAACAGCAUUUUGAAACCCAGCUGAUCAGAGCUGUGGUAUUCUGCCACAGAGGCAGAAGGAGAGGGAGCGUGACUGGAAAAAAGAAAAAGAGAAGAGAGAGAGAAGACAGCUGAAAGAUUUAUGAUUUUAAGACCGAGGAUAUCCAAAUAGAAGAGUGGAAAUGAAGUGCCUCCUCCCCUUCAUGAGAAACUGGGAACUCAUGUGAAGAGAGAGGCUUUGUGGAAAGAUGUGAGAGCUGUUGGCAGGGUGAAAAUCUGAAGAAGAACGCACAGAAAAGGAUCUGUCAGACUCUGGAAACCAGCCCAGUGAAUCCUUGAGUAGACAGAAGGUUGAAGAACUCCCUUCGUGGAAAGAGGAGGGAUGUCUUGGCUGUCACCUGUGUCAUGGGCCAAAUGGACGUGGACGGCGGUGAGAGGGGGAGAGGGAGAGGAGGAUGAAGAGGGGCUGGAGGCCAGCGAGGAGAGGGAGCAACGUGGUAGGAGAGGAGAGGAAGAGGAGGAGGAGGAGAGAUCUCAAGGCUGCAGCUCUGACUCAGAGGGUCAUUUUGACACUCCUGAAGCAGCAACUCCUGUCCGUGCCCCUCCAACCUUCCCAGGAGAGCUGGAGAACAACAACGCUGAUCCAGACAAAACAGAUGUGGAAAAAGAGGAGCACCUGAUAGUGACUGCUCCUGUUCGGGAUCAGGAUAUUUUGUUCAGCCACAACAUGGGUCAGGAUGAACCUGCAGUCCCCAUGGGUGGUCCCUUGAAAGUAAAUAUCCAGACCCUGGAAGCAGAACAAACAGAGAAUCUUCCAGAAUCCCUGGGCUCUGUGCCUGUCCCUGCUUCAUCCUCAGUGAAGGAAACGCAUGAAGUGUCUGAAUACGCAGCGCCAUUCUCUGAGCCAUCCCAAGCCCCAGUCCCCAUCCUAGUUGCAGAUCCUGCCCCUGAUGUGGCUCCAGCUCCCGCACCAGCUUCAGUUCCAGAACCAGCUCCAGAACCAACUCUAGCUCCAGCUCCCGUUCCAGCUCCAGCUCUAACCCCAGAGCCAAGCCCAGAACCAGACUCAGUCUACAGCAGUGAACCUGCAGCCAGCCCAGCUCUAGAGCCCCCUGAGCAGGAACCCCUUGCUGAACCAGAACCACAGUGCAAUGACCUCAACCAGACUGAGCCCACUAAAAAGACUAAAACCAGAAAGUCUAAGCCUCCAUCCCUGAAGGUAAAGACCCCACUGGACGAGCUUCCCCAAUCAAAUGAGGAAGAAGAACUUCCCAUUCCCAAGGCCACUUACAAAUUUGACCCUGACCAGCUCGAUGACAGCUUUAACCCUUUCACCUGUGGUGGAUCCAAAAUCCAGAACUCUCCCCCACCAUAUGGUUCAAGUUCUUUCCCCAGGCUCGAGCCGCUCGGUGCCUCAUUACCUGCCUUUGAGGACAGCUUAGCAGCUCCAGCACAGGUGGAGGUGGAGAUGACGGAGUCAUUAUCAGAGGCGAAGUCUGUAAAGUUGGAGUUCGGUCUGGACGAGGGGACAGUCAGCAAGCCACCUCCGCGGAAAUUAGGUGGUAAAAAGACAAUCAGCAAACUCGGAGCUAAGAAGCAGAAGCCAAAAGGAUCAGAGGCUUCCAGCAAACCAGCACCAGAACCUACAGUGUCAGAAACAGAUUCCAAACCAGUGUUAGAACCAGUUUCACAACCAGUAUCAGAACCAGUUUCUGAACCAGCAUCAGAACCAAUUUCAGAUCCUCUUCCAGAAACUGCUUUGCCAUCCUCAGACUCUUCAGCACCUGUAAACGUUGAUGAUAUUCCUAUUCCUAAGAAAGGAACAUAUAACUUUGAUCCCAGUCAGUGGGAUGACCCGAACUUCAAUCCGUUUGGUAGCAAUAGCACAAUGAGCAAUUCUCCAGUGCUCCCUAAGGGCUCCUACAGUUUUGAUCCAGACCAUUUUGAUGACUCUGUGGACCCUUUUAAACCUCCCAAAACCCUGAGCACAGUGGAUUCAACAAGUAACGCCCCUCAGCCAGAGAAAAAAGUGAAAGAUGGUGGUAAACCGAAAACAACGGGGGAGAAGAAAGUGAGGCAGAUUCCUAAGAAGAGCAAAGAGAGGACAAUCACCCCCAGGACAUCUGAACAAGUCAAGUUUCUCUGUUUUCUGUUGAAUUCCUGUAAAGUUCAGAAAUACGAUGAAAGCCAGUCCUUGGUGCUUGACGUGUGCAAUCAGGAGGAGGAUGAGGUGGUGGUUCAGACCCCCGAGAUCACUCAGCGAGUUCAUCAUGCCACUGAUGAGGAGAAGCUUGCCUCCACUGGCAUUAUGGGCCAGACAACAGACAGUCAGGAGGAGAGAGGAGAGCCUGAAUGCAAUAAAGCACCUGUGAAGAAACAGCCAAUCAGUGACAUAUUAGUUAUGGAUGGUCCUGAGACUAAGAUAGCAGAUCACCUGGAGGAGAAGGAUACCUGCGGUCUGAAAGAUGAUAUAAGUGAGAUAGCCAUGACGCAAACAAAGGUGACCAGCAGUGAGGCCCUAGACACAGCAGCCCUGUCCCAGGACAACAUACCUCUGAGUGAGAUGGACAAAGCUGCAGUGCUCACCCUGAUCAGAGAAGAAAUUAUCACUAAAGAGAUUGAAGUCAAUGAGUGGAAGAGGAAGUAUGAGGAGAGCAGAGCUGAGGUUUUGGAGAUGAGAAAAAUUGUUGCGGAAUAUGAGAAAACCGUUGCACAGAUGAUUGAGGACGAGCAGCAGCAGAAGACCCUGUCCUGUAGUAAGUCAGUCAGGCAGUUGACUGCUGAGAGGGAUCAGGCCAUUGCAGACCUCAACUCUGUGGAACGCUCCUUCGCAGACCUCUUCAGGAGGUAUGAGAACAUGAAGGGAGUCCUGGAGGGCUUCAAAAAGAACGAGGAGGUGCUUAAGAAGUGUGCGCAGGAUUACCUAAUGCGGAUCAAGCAGGAGGAGCAGCGAUACCAAACCCUCAAAGUGCAUGCUGAAGAGAAACUGGACAAGGCUAAUGAGGAGAUAGCCCAGGUACGCGCCAAGGCUAAUGCUGAGGGUGUCGCACUAAACGCCAGCCUGAGGAAGGAACAGAUGAAGGUCGAGUCACUUGAAAGAGCUGUUCUUCAAAAGAAUCAAGAGAUCGAGGAGCUCACUAAGAUCUGUGAUGAGCUGAUCGCCAAACUGGGGACAGAAUAAGAGGCCUUUAAUCAAACUCUCUCUGCAGCAUCGAUGUAAAUUCUGUACAUGAUCACAUUUAAGCACACGUCAACCUUACUUUUGCUCUGCUCAUAUCUACUCCCUGUUUUCUUUUUAAACACAUGGAAAUACAGAAUGGUGGAUCGCUUCAUCUUUUGAAUUUUUCAGACUGAAAUAUCAAAUCAGAUCAAUAACUGACCAUUGCGUUAAUCAUAUCAUGGCAGUUAAAGAAGCACAAACCUAUAAUGAGAUGUAUUUUAAUUAUUUUGUCAAUGAUUUACAGUAAAGACUCAUUGUUGAUUCUUGUUGUGCGUUUGAAAUGAAAUCAGCUAGUUUGUUAUAUUACAAAGAAUUUCCAUCACCAUUUUAUACUGCAUGUUUAACACAAAACUGUAAGGAGGCAAGAAGUAAGGGAAAAACAACGUGGAUGCAAAGCACAUACAUCUUUUACCACAUAUACCACGCACCUGUGUUGAUGAUACAGUCGUCAGAAAGGACAAAUCUCUCUAAUGAGUGCCUAAACUGAUCAUAGUGUAUUAGUUUUCUGGUGUAUAAAUAUUUCUGGCUGCCAUUUCUUCUAUGAUACAGAUGGAUAGUUAUGCUGGUCGCAUAUGCUGGAUGCUGGUUAUCUUCUUCCAUCAGCAAAUGAACUGAAAGGAAUAUUAUAGAGUUUUUCUUAAGUUGCCUUUGAGUUUGUUUGUCUUUCUUGUUUCACAGGAGAACAUAUACAAUGUGUGAUAAAGAGUGUGAAGUUAAACCCCGCCAUGAAUCUCUGGGAUUAUUAAAUAUGAAGAGCACUUAAGAGAAUCAGAUCUUAAAUUUGUUUAAUAAUAGUUUGACAGUGAUGGGUGGAAAACUAAAGUCCAUUUUGAAGAUGAAGUAGUAAAAACUUUGCUCUUAUUAUACUGUAAUAUUAAGCCAUGUGCCAUGUUUAAUUUUCUCACUCUGCUUUUUGAGUGUGGAAAAGUUAGAAUCACAUUCUGUCGCUGCCAUGUAGAUAUUGUUGGACUGUAUUCACAUUUUAUCUGUGAGCCCAGAUGUUGCUGGUGUGCCUUUAUUUUGUCUAUUUUGUAAAAAUGGGUAAAAAUGUAGUUUUCUUAGUUUCCAUCAUGCAGUUGUUUCCAAUCUCUGUUGUUGCCAAAGUGUACUGUAUACAGUAUAAAUCAUUGAUGAUCAUAAUAUUCUUAACAACAAUGAGUUCUAGUGGGUUUGCAGUUUUAAUGGUUUACCUGCAGUAGAUGAAUGGUGGGCUGCAUAACUCUAUAAGGUGAAGUGUUUUGGUGAGCAGAGCUUCAUCAUGCAAUAUUAUCUUCUUUGCUAACAUCAGCGUUUUCUGGUCUGAUUGAACCUGAAGGAGCGCACAAGUGUAUUUUUUGGUCAGAUAUGUUUAAAAUACAAAAGACAGAUUCUUCUUCUUUCACGUCAGCACAAUUUAUUGCCAAAUGUUGUUGUAAAAAGAGAUGGGUCUCAGUGUGACUCUGUCAUAUUGUCGUGGUGUUAAGUUCAUCUGAAGGUGCUUUUCAAUGCAAAUCCAUUGUUACAGUACAAUAUGUGUAAAUUUUAUACUUUAUGAAAAGGAUUUUGUUCCUAAUAUUUGUAAAAUUGAAGAGUUAAGUAUACUCAGAUUGUAUGUUACCUGCUAUAUUUUGUGCAUUCCUGAAUAAAUGGUUAAGAUUUAA